AACCCUUAAAUCUAGUUCUUGUGAUGGGGUUAGUUUUGCUUGUUUACUUGGAUUUGUGGUGUACCAGUUGUGUAGAACAGUAACAACUUGUGCAUCAGGCUCUGAGUACCAAUAUCUUCAUGAUCGAGAUACUUCCUUAAAAAAAAAGCUGCAUGGUCCUGGCCAGACCCAGAAGUCUAGUGAACCUAGCAGAAGCAAAGGAAGCAAACCUGGCACAGAACAGAAGUUGCUGGAAAAGCUCACCAAGUCUGGCAGCAUCUGUGUUGCAGCAAUGGAGAACUUUGUAUCUCAAAAUUUAGAGCUGUUACAAGAAGAAAGAGCGGCUGAAAUUGAAGAGACCAGGGCUUGGCAAGAAAACAUUUCUGUUCAAGAACUCCAGCGGCGAGGUGUCUGUCUGCUGAAACUGCAAGUAUCGAGCCAGAGAACGGGACUGUAUGGACGCUUUCUUGUUAGCUUUGAACCGAGAAAGCGUGAGGCCAAUGCAGCGCUACCCAGCAAUAACUUUAGCUCUGGGGAUAUUGUAGGUCUGUAUGACAGCCAAGGCUCUACUCCAUUGAACCAGCUUGCAUCAGGCAUUGUGACGCGCAUCACACAAAACUCAAUCACUGUAGCUUUCAAUGAACCCAGUGACCAGUUAAACUUCGACAGUAACUCUUCCUAUAAACUUUUGAAACUGGCUAAUGAUGUAACGUACAAAAGACUGACAGGUGCUUUAAAGGCCUUGAGCCAGUAUCAUGCUGGACCUACUUCUAUGCUCAUCGAUGUCCUGUUUGGCAAUUCUGAGCCAAGCUCUCCCUCAGAAGAUCUAAAAAUCCCAGAACUGUACAACCCCUGCCUGGAUGACUCUCAAAGAGAAGCAAUACAUUUUGCACUCUCGCAGAAAGAAUUUGCAAUUAUCCAUGGGCCUCCUGGUACUGGAAAGACAACUACAAUUGUGGAAAUAAUUCUACAGGCUAUAAAGCAAGGUCUGAAGGUGCUGUGCUGUGCUCCCUCAAAUGUUGCUGUUGACAACCUUGUUGAACGUCUAGCGCAAUUUAAAACACAGAUUUUGCGUUUAGGCCACCCUGCAAGACUGCUUGAGUCCAUACAUCGUUAUUCUUUGGAUGCUAUAUUAGCUAACAGUGACAACACCCAAAUAGUAAUGGACAUCCGGAAGGACAUCGAUCAGGCUUUUGCAAAAUUGAAAAAGACACAAGAGAGGGGAGAGAAGAUGCAUUUUCGUGGUGAAAUCAAGACUUUGAGGAAGGAGCUGAGAACGAGGGAGGAGGCAGCUAUCGUCCAAAUACUAAAAAAAGCCAGUGUUGUGUUGACAACUAAUACAGGUGCCUCUAAUGAUGGUCCGUUAAAACUCCUGUCAAAUGAGUAUUUUGAUCUCGUGGUGAUUGAUGAAUGUGCACAGGCGCUGGAAGCAAGUUGUUGGAUACCAUUAAUGAAAGCUCCAAAAUGCAUCCUGGCUGGAGACCACAAACAACUUCCUCCAAUCAUCAUUUCUCACAAAGCUGCAGCUAAUGGCCUAUCACUCAGUUUGAUGGAACGGCUAAUCCAGAGAUUUGGUGAACAGGUGGUGAGAAUGCUGACUGUACAGUAUCGAAUGCAUAAUACGAUCAUGGAAUGGGCCUCCAAGCAGAUGUACAAUGGACGACUUACGGCUCACAAGACGGUGGCACAUCAUUUGCUAAAGGAUCUGCCUGGGGUUUCUUCUACAGAAGAGACAAAGAUUCCGCUGCUUCUAAUAGACACUGCAGGAUGUGGCUUGUUUGAACUUGAUGAAGAAGAUGAACAAUCCAAAGGAAAUAGUGGGGAGGUUCAAAUUGUGACUCUGCACAUUCAAGCCCUGAUUGAAGCUGGUGUCCACCCUAAGGAUGUUGCUGUGAUAGCACCAUAUAAUUUGCAGGUCCAACUCCUGAGGAAAGAAUUGUCCAACAAAUAUCCGGAACUGGAAAUCAAGUCUGUUGAUGGUUUUCAAGGAAGAGAAAAAGAGGCAGUUAUUUUAUCACUUGUGAGAUCCAACAGAACAGGUGAGGUGGGCUUUCUGGCUGAAGAUCAAAGAAUAAAUGUUGCUGUUACUCGUGCGCGCCGCCACUUGAUGGUGGUCUGUGACACGCGGACAGUCAGCUCUCACCCGUUUUUGAAAUCCCUGGUUGACUACAUGACUGAACAUGGGGAGAUGCGAACCGCGUUUGAGUACUGUGAUGACAUCGUGGCUGAAAAUUACUCCCGGCCAGCCCAUCGGGCCGAGCAAAGGAGAGCAAAAGACUCUUCAGAUACACACAAAAAUAAUGGGAGCUCCACCAGUGACAGGAGUGCAGCAUCUCUUAAAACGCACAAACUCACACAAGACCGAUCCACUCUAAAGCUUGAGUGUAAAAAGAAAAUUACAAAUGACAGUCAUUCCCUAAUUCAGAAAGACGAUGCUAAUACCGGAACAUUAGAGCAAGCCACUAAAACUAUGAAUUUAAAAGAUAACUCUGAGAAACUCAAGGAACAAAUAAUGCAAUUUAUGGAGGAUGGUGCAAGGACUUGGUUUGAAUUCCCUUCAUCUUUGAAUUCUCAUGAUCGGUUGUUGGUUCACCAGAUAGCAGAAGAGUUUGGCCUUGAGCAUUUUAGCAUUGGUGAAAGCAAAGACCGGUUCAUUGUUAUAUCCAAAUCAGUUCUUUUGGAAACGCAGAGUUCUGUUGAUGGCCAACCAGUCCACAAGAUGCCAGAAGUGUGUCACAAAUCCAGUAGUCCUGUCCCACAAAUAUCUGAGGAAAAUGAAUGUACUCGUACUGAAAUAGAAAGGCCACAAAACUGUACCCCUUCUAUUUCUCCGUCAAAGCUAGAUUUAAAGGGACUGUACUUAGAAAGGAUGCAGCGGGAACAAGCUAAACGAGAGCAGAAGGCAAAUCAGAAACAGCUUUCUAACACUACAACUUCAUUGAAGUCUAAAAGUAAGCAACAUAGAGAAAAGGCGGGGAAAGCCUCAACUAGGGAAGCUGCUGCAAGUAGUACUGACGAAGAUUUUGAUGCGCUCAUUGCUGCAUCAAUAAAGGCGAACAGUGUUUGUGCUUUUUUAAAGUGUAAAGCAAGUAUUCUAACCUUGGGGCAACACUGCAUUCACUGUAACAAACACUACUGCCUCAGCCAUCACAUCCCAGAGGUUCAUGGCUGUGGUGGGAGUGCCAAAGCUCAUGCCCGAAAACUCAUCAGCAGAGAAGGUAUUCUAUAUGCAGGCAGUGGCACUAAAGACCAUUCAUUAGAUCCUGCAAAGAAAGCUCAUCUGCAGAGAAGACUAGGAAAGAAAAUAGAACAAUUAGCUAGCCAACGAGGUGCUAAAAAGGAAACUAAAAAAUAAACAUUUUGGACAGUAUAAUUUUAUGUAGAUGGCCUAAAUAUGUGUAUUUAUUUUAAAGGACUUUCUUGCAUUAUAAAAAUAAUUUCUGGAGUAUAAUUGUUAUACAGAGAUGAAAAUGCAUAUACAAAUUAUGAAAGCUAUGCAAUUUUCAUAGCUUCUUAGUGGGUGUUACAAGUUGUGUAGCAAUAGAUGCUACUGAGGCGCAAAAGUUAAUCUUCAUCCUUUUACUGUCAGCAGCUGUUUACAAGCAAUGGGAACUCUGAAAGCUUGCUGCAAUGUAAAUGAUUAUCCUGAUUACUUCAGCAACUUAUUCCAUACCAUCAUUGGGGAUAGCUGUAAAAGGACAAUAUCAGUGAUGGAUUACUAGAACAGUAAUCAUUAAUGUUGUUCAAUGUUAAUCAGACAUUUCUAUUUCUGAUCAAUUGAUUUUGUUUUUGGUUUAAAAACCUGCAGUAAAAUGGAAAAUAAAGGUACAUAAUCUACUGAUUUCCAAA